UGAAGUACCGUUUUGCCAUUUGUUUGCUCAAUAAAUAGAUCACCAAAGCAUGGUUAUUUCUUGGAUUUGUAGUUGGUGCACUAACAGAUAAUUUCACUCAGCUGUCUUUUCAAAAUGUACUUGCCUUGCUUAUGCACACUGUGUUUUUAAUUAACAACUUUGGUGCCAACAUGAGCCCAUUCUGCUUAUCCCCCACAGCUUAAGUUCCAUGUGUUGCUGGGAGGAUUUCUGUUCCCCAGCAGUGGCAGUUCUAGAAGCUGCUUGCAUGGAGGCUGCUGGACAGCAGUGAGGCGCAGCAGUGAACCCAGAGCAAGGCAGAAUGGGUCAUGCUGUCCCCAUUUUGCUGUGUGAGCCACACAGCUGCUGUGGAGUGAGGCACGGGUUGAGGACAGGAAGUCUGAGCUUGAGUGUUGCAGCUGAUAACAGCGAUAAGGAAACAGCAAGCUGGAAGUCUUUUAAAAACCCUUCUUUUUUGCCUUGAUCAGAUACUCUUUGAUCAACCAGUCUAAGGGCCACACUGUGGGAUCACAUCAGAGACACAGGUCUGCAAACACAUGGGAUGCCUGCUGCUCCAGUUGGCCUGCUGCUGUGGUACUGCUGCUUGUUCCUUGUGCUGCAAAUGCUGCCCCAAGAUAAAGCAGUCAACAAGCACCCGCUUCAUGUAUGCUCUAUACUUCAUCCUGGUGACUAUUAUCUGCUGUGUCAUGAUGUCGACGACGGUAGCUAAUGAAAUGAAAACACAUUUUCCCUUCUAUGAGCAAAUGUGCAAGGGCAUUCAGGCGGGUGAGAUGUGUGAGAAGUUGGUGGGAUACUCUGCGGUGUACAAAGUCUGUUUUGGAAUGGCCUGUUUUUUCUUUUUCUUCUGCUUGUUUACCAUCAAAAUUAACAACAGCAAAAGCUGCCGAGCAUAUGUUCAUAAUGGAUUCUGGUUUUUAAAGCUUCUACUUCUGGCAGCAAUGUGCUCAGGAGCUUUCUUCAUUCCUGAUCAGGAUACUUUCCUCAAUGCCUGGCGCUAUGUAGGAGCAGCAGGAGGUUUCCUUUUCAUUGCCAUUCAACUCAUUCUGCUUGUUGAGUUUGCACACAAAUGGAAUAAAAAUUGGACUGCAAGUGCAAAUCACAAGCAGAUGUGGAGUGGUUUGCUCGCCCUGGUCACGCUCAUCUUGUACUCUGUUGCUGUGGCAGCCCUGGUCCUCAUGGCUCUUUUCUACACGCGUUCAGAGGGCUGCUUGUCUAACAAGAUCCUGAUUGGUGUCAAUGGUGGCUUGUGCCUCUUUGUGUCACUGGUGGCCAUAUCACCCUGUGUCCAGAAUCGCCAGCCCCAUUCUGGUUUGCUGCAGUCAGGGGUAAUCAGCUGCUACGUCAUGUACCUCACUUUCUCAGCGCUAUCCAGCAAGCCCCCAGAAACCAUCCUGGAUGAAAACAAUCAGAACAUCACGAUAUGUGUGCCUGAAUUUAGCCAAGGACUACAUGGAGAUGAAAACCUGGUUACAGGCCUGGGUACUACCAUUCUCUUUGGCUGCAUUUUAUAUUCUUGUUUGACCUCAACAACACGUGCAAGUUCUGAGACACUGAGAGGAAUAUAUGCAGCACCUGAAACUGAAGUAGCUCGUUGCUGCUUUUGCUGCGUGCUUGAUGGAGAUGCUGAUGCUGAGGAGCGUGUUGAAAAAAGGGGAGGCCAGACUGUGAUUUAUGAUGAAAAGAAAGGCACAGUGUACAGCUAUACCUUCUUCCAUUUUGUUUUCUUCCUGGCUUCACUCUACGUAAUGAUGACAGUAACUCAUUGGUUCCACUAUGAAAGUGCCCAGAUUGAGAAAUUCUUCACUGGAACCUGGUCCAUCUUCUGGAUUAAGAUGGUCUCCUGUUGGUUUUGUGUCUUUCUCUAUUUAUGGACUCUUGUUGCUCCUCUCUGUUGCCCAACCAGACAGUUCUCAGUGUGAACACUCAGAACUUUCUGAGUGUUUUAUCUUUUUUUUCCUCUUUUUUUCCUGUUACAAAUAAAGUUCAGUGGUCACUUUGUAGUGAGGAAACACGCAUUGCCUCCUUAUCAUAAUAUACCAGAUAGUAACUUUUUAGCUAGAUUAAAAUAAUUGAAAACUUUUUUUAACCUUUUUUAAAUUGUAAGCAAGUGUUGCUCAAGGGGAUGAUUCUGUUCCAAAACUUUUUAAGACAGAUGUGCAUAGUGCAAAGAACAUGAUUGUUUCAUGAAUAGAAGUAAAUGAAAUGCUUUUAGAAUAAUUGACAAUCUUUCUCUGACCUUAUUGGCAAGAAAAUUAAAAAAAAAUGGUGCAGAUAUCAAACAUUCACAGAAGAUACAUCUUCUAGCAAAACACAUUCCUUUUUAUACUGUUUAUUAACCAUGUCUUUUGCAAUGAUGAUGUGAACUGCUGUUUUGUACAGCCUAUAAUUCUUGUAAGUAGUACACAAAUCCCUUUUUUCCAGAAACAUACCUAAAUACUUCUGUAGAAAUAGAGAAUAUAUAAAAGUUUGACUGCCAAACAUUGUUUAAAUAUAUUAUAAAUGACUAUAUUAUCUAGACUGAGAAAGCAAUCUGCCAUUGAAAAUAGAGUAUUUAUCCUAUUGUAACUUUAACAGGCACCUGAACAUUUUAUGCAAUUCAGAACUUAUCCAGUUAUUAACAGUGGGGAGUUCUACACACAGAGAUUCUUCAGCUCUGACUUUGAUUGAUUUUGCUUUGCCAGAUUAAGAUUAAUAACUGCAAGUUUUGUGUACUGUACAACGAUUUAAGAUACGGUACAGUCUUUAUUCAAAAUGUUUUCUGCUGAGGAAAUAGUAAUUACAAGAGCACUGUCAGUUGCUGUUAACUUUAAAUGUGGAGUGCUCAGUUAGUUUUCUAUCCUGUUGUCUCUGUGUCUAAGCAUCUCCCAGGGUCUUCAGUUUUGUUUCCGUUACUGAUUUGAAAAUAGAGUGAUAGUCAGAAAGAAGACUAUAGUCAUCCUCCUUUUCUGCCUGUGUUGUUUGGAAGCAUUCUUCCUAACUGCUAUACCUUUAUACUUCUCUGUUGGCAUUAGUUUUGUUGUUGCAAUGGGAGACAGACAACAGAUCUGUUAAUGGGAAUGGAACUUCUUUUAGAGUGCUCCUAUUUCCAGUAGUGGGAGAAGGAGUCAGGAAAACAAAAGCAGAAAACACAAGUGUGACAGCAGCUGCCAUAGUACAAAUGACUGACUUGACAACAUAAAGCCCUACUAUCUAUAUAUAUGUGUGUGUGUGUGUACACA